AAUCUGUUUGCAUAGCAUUUCUCCUACCUACCUUCUCAUGAUUGGACAAAAAACUCAUGAAUUGUGCGGUGCGGAGAGGCUGAGGAAGCCCUCCGCUGUACGCAUCAUUUCCUUUUAUUUGUUCCGCACACCAUUUGUUUUUCCCUGUUUUCAACGGUAUGCCACAACCAGAGCAUCAACAAGAAAGAGUUUUGUGCACAAGCUGAAUCCAAGUUCAAGCCCCGUAACGGCUUCUGCUCGCUGGUAGCAACAAUAUCAGGCUAAAAGUAGUGGAGCGCAUGAGCUCAGGCUGAGAAGCGAAACGGUCAGGAGAAUCGCUAUCCCAAAUCUGAUCUCUUCACGCCGUCCACGCCUGUACUUCAGCUUGCUCUACACACUGUCGCCGCUAAUCAUCACCGUCUUUGUCCCUCUCCCUUCUCAACUCGUUCAAGCUCGGUUCCCCCAUAAAAGAUCAACUUUUUUGGCAAAAAGGACAAACUUCACGGCCUGACGGACCUCCUCUCCCUCUUCCUACAUCUCCUCUUCUACUUUCUCAUCAUCUCUAGAUUAGAGAAAGAUGAGUUUCCGAGGGGAUGAUAGCAGUGGGGAGGAGGGUAGGUCAGACCUUCGAAAACCGUUCCUGCACACGGGCAGCUGGUACAAGAUGGGGAUGGGAUCGCGGCAAUCUAGCCUAAUGGAUAAGCUGGGAUCCUCCGCCUCUGUUAUCCGCGAUUCCUCUAUCUCCGUCGUUCUCUGUACUCUCAUCGUUGCUCUCGGCCCCAUCCAGUUCGGUUUCACCUGCGGCUACUCCUCCCCCACUCAGGAAGGCAUCGUCGGUGAUCUCAAACUUUCCCUCUCAGAGUUCUCUAUCUUCGGUUCCUUAUCGAACGUCGGCGCCAUGCUUGGGGCUAUUGCCAGUGGCCAGAUGGCCGAGUACAUUGGGCGGAAAGGGUCUCUUAUGAUCGCUUCGAUACCAAACAUCAUCGGUUGGCUGGCUAUCUCAUUUGCAAAGGACUCGUCGUUCUUGUACAUGGGCCGGUUGCUGGAGGGGUUCGGGGUUGGCGUGAUCUCUUAUACGGUGCCAGUUUAUAUAGCGGAGAUUUCUCCUCAGAACAUGAGAGGAGGGCUUGGUGCUGUUAAUCAGCUUUCUGUAACCAUAGGCAUUAUGCUGGCUUACCUCCUGGGAAUGUUUGUCAAUUGGAGAGUGCUUGCAGUGAUGGGAAGCCUUCCAUGCAUAAUGCUCAUACCCGGUCUGUUUUUUAUUCCGGAGUCUCCAAGAUGGCUGGCUAAAAUGGGAAUGAUGGAAGAUUUUGAAUCAUCCCUUCAAGUCUUAAGGGGUUUUGAUGCUGAUAUCUCUAUAGAAGUUAAUGAAAUCAAGAGGGCUGUGGCAUCAUCAUCAAAUAGAAGAACUGCUAUGCGGUUCCAAGAACUUAAGCAAAGAAAAUAUUGGAUUCCCCUUAUGAUAGGAAUUGGUCUUUUAGUGUUGCAGCAAGCAAGUGGAAUUAAUGGCAUACUGUUUUAUGCUAGCAGCAUCUUCAAAUCCGCUGGGAUUUCAUCAAGUAAUAUAGUUACAUGUGGGCUCGGGGCAAUUCAGGUCAUUGUAACUGUUAUCAACACAUGGUUAUUGGAUAAAGCCGGGCGUCGAAUUUUCCUCAUAAUCUCCACUUCUGGGAUGUCAGCCACUCUUAUCCUUGUUGCGGUAUCAUUCUUUUUGGAGGAUAUUGUUGCGGUGGAUUCUCAGUUGCAUUUUGUGCUGAGUGUGCUUGCUUUGGUUGGACUUGUGGCUUUUGUCAUUUCCUUCUCACUUGGGCUUGGAGCCAUUCCAUGGAUCAUUAUGUCUGAGAUUCUCCCAGUUAAUAUCAAAGGCCUUGCUGGCAGCGUGGCUACAUUAGCCAACUGGUUGACAUCUUGGAUUGUCACAAUGACUGCUACCUUACUUCUGAAUUGGAGCAGUGGAGGAACCUUUGCACUUUAUGCUGUAUUGUCUGUAUUUACUCUGGUUUUUGUAAUAAUCUGGGUGCCAGAGACCAAGGGAAGAACCCUUGAGGAGAUUCAGCGGUCUUUCAGAUGAGUUUGGCUUGAAUUUGCUUGUCGAAUCAUUGCCUUGUUUGAUGGUUGUUGAUUACAGCUGCAGGCGACUUAGGUGCAUAUCAGAUAUUCCAGCAUUGGGAAAAUGGUUCUGUACACAGACUGUUUUGUUUCAAGUUCAGCAGCUCCUGCUCCAUUCAUAUCGCCGCAUGAAAUUGCCUUUUUAUGAUUUAAUGUUGUCUUGUCAGUGAUGCAAUUUGAUUUUUAAGAUUGUUAAGAACUUAAUUUACUGUAAUAACAUAUUUUGGUAGGAUAGCUCAUCCUGUUUGUUGCUUUGUUACUCUACAGUGCUAGAUUCAAACAUUGUACCAUGAAUCCUUUGUCGAAGAGAAAAUAUUCAUAUAAAAUGA